AUGGCAUCUGGCAAUGAAUUGGCGGAUCCCAUCCCGAGUGGCAUGUUCGCACAGGCAGGCCAGUCCUUCAAAGAUCUCUUCAUCUGGAAGCAGCGUGUUGAGGUAACAAAUGAAUACGGCGAGUCCCAUACAGAAUGGCAAUCUCCGGAGCCAAUUCAGAACCCCAUCAGUUUGAUGAUGCAGCUGUCGGCGCGAGAUUGGUUGUUUUUUCUUGUGGGACUUGCUGCUUGGACGGCCGAUGCAUUCGACUUCCACGCUCUCUCCAUCCAAACUGUCAAGCUGUCUGACUACUACGGUAGAUCAAAGACAGACAUAACAACUGCCAUCACAUUGACCCUCCUUCUCAGAAGUGUGGGUGCUGCUGGCUUUGGGUUGGCUGGUGAUAGGUAUGGUCGUAAAUGGCCCAUGGUCAUCAACAUGGUCAUUUUGGGUCUCUUGCAGAUUGCUACUAUCUACAGCCAUACCUUCCAACAGUUCUUGGCUGUUAGAAGCCUUUUUGGUCUUUUCAUGGGUGGUGUUUAUGGAAACGCAAUUGCUAUGGCAUUGGAGCAUUGCCCUGUCAACGCAAGAGGACUCAUGUCCGGUAUCCUCCAGCAAGGUUAUUCAUUGGGCUAUGUUUUCGCAGCUUGUGCCAACCUUGGUGUCGGUGGUUCAACUGAAAGUUGGAAGACAGUAUUCUGGAUUGCGGCUGGUCUUUCAAUUGGAAUCGGUCUCCUCCGUGCUUGCUUCCCCGAAUCGAAGCAAUUCCUUGAAGCCAAAAAGGCCGGGAAGCGAACAAUGUCCGCAGGCGAGUUUUGGAAGGAGACAAGAGCCAUGUUGGCCAAAGAGUGGCGCAUGUGCGUCUACUGCAUUAUUCUGAUGACCUGGUUCAACUACUAUUCCCACACCUCCCAAGACUCCUAUACAACAUUCAUGCGCACCUCCAAAGAACUCGACAACUCAGCCGCCUCCCGGGCCUCCAUCCUAAUGAAAACCGGCGCAUGCGUAGGCGGAACCAUCAUUGGUUAUCUAUCCCAAUUUUUCGGUCGCCGUCGCGCAAUCAUCGUCGCCGCACUGGUUUCCGGCGUCCUCAUCCCAGCAUGGAUCCUCCCCCAAGGCGAGAGAAGCCUUAGCGUGACGGGGUUCUUCAUGCAAUUCUUCAUCCAGGGAGCUUGGGGUGUGAUUCCAAUCCACCUGAACGAGCUUUCCCCUCCCGCCUUCCGGUCCUCGUUCCCUGGUCUGACAUACCAGCUUGGAAACAUGAUUUCUUCGCCAUCGGCACAGAUUGUAAAUGCCAUUUCUGAGUCUACUUGGAUUACUAGUCCGUCUGGACACCGUGUUCCAGCUUAUGGGCCCGUUAUGGGUGUUGCUACUGCUAUUAUUGCUCUUGGUAUUGCGCUAACUACUUCUGUUGGGCCUGAGAAACGUGGCCGUCGCUUUGAGUCUGUUACAGCUGCUGUUGAUGAUUCUGUAAAUGCUAAGAAUCUGGACUUGGAGGCUGCUGAUCAGGACCAUAAGCCCCGUGAUGACAUGAUUGAGAUGGCUGAUCAGAAGAAGUGA